AUGACCCACAAUCUCGUGCUGGGACUUCGCACAGCACGCGAAAAUUUGAGAGCAAAACAUGUUCGUGGCGGCGGCCUCUUUGGGAAAGGUCAGGGCGCGCUCCAGCAGGAGCUGCGAACAGCGAAGGGCGAGCUUGCAGAGAAGUCGGAGCGUCUCGUGGCCACAGAAGCAUCUUUGAAAGCAGCAGAGGAGAGGCUGCAAGCACCGGACACCGCCCAGACCAGCCACGUUGCUUCUGAGGAGCUGCAAAAUGCCAAGAAAGAGCUCGCAGAGAAAACCGAGCGUCUCGCGGCCACAGAAGCAUCUUUGAAAGCAGCAGAGGAGAGGCUGCAAGCACCGGACACCGCCCAGACCAGCCACGUUUCAUCUGAGGAGCUGCAAAAUGCCAAGAAAGAGCUCGCAGAGAAAACCGAGCGUCUCCGCGUGACAGAGGCAUCUUUGAAAGCAGCAGAGGAGAAGCGGCAAGCUGCGGAAGCCCAGCUAAAGGCUGCCAAGGCCACCGAGGAGGCCCUGCAAGAACGUGUCAGCGGUCUCCAGCGCUCACUCCAAGCUGCGAGGGGCAAGAGGCAAAAUCGCGUGAACGGGAUCGUGGACAAGUCUCGGGCCAUGCUCGACUGGGUUGCCGAAGAAGAUGCAAAAGGAGACGAAGACGACAAGUCCACUGUGUCCGCGACCAGUACUACAGGACCGGGCACAUCCGCACCAUCCAAGCAGACCGCCACAAGUGCUCCAG